AGUGUCAACCUCCUUUCCCCACACACCAAACAGACUUCCUCUGGCUAGCUGUCCUGCUAAUUUUAACCUUGGUCUUCUUCUUCUUUAGUUUGAAAUGAAAGGUAAUCCAUAAUGUGGAUGCUCGGGUUAUCGAUUUUUUGCAUUGUUUGUGAUCAUGAGUCGGCAACUGAACAGCCAGCUAGCUGUAAUGUCAGCGUUACUGUCAAGCUAACGAACGGAAGCUACAACAAAACAGGAAAUUUAGAGCUUCCAGAUAGUGGAAUUUGUCUUAGAGUUGUUGCAUUAAAUUGCAUUAGAUUCCAGAUAUUUUCAUAAUGUUAUGGCGGGUCAGUGUUAAUAGUUUAAAUGUCAUUUCUUAUCUGGGUGGCAGGAUGGAAAAGAAAUGGAAGAAAGGGAGUGACAGUCCACGCAAGGACACGGUGAGAGACAAUAGCCUUUAAAGUCUCCUUUUCACAGACACACACAGUUUUCUUCUAUCAUACAUAAGUAAACCAAGGAAUAAAGCAUUGACAGCACAUCUGCCUUUUCUCACCCAUAGUUUGAUCCUGUGCUUGUUGAGGGCAAGACCCCAGAGACUGUUGUGCUGCUGCUGAGCUCCAAAGAGGAGGACAUCCUCAUCAAAGCCUGUGAGGCAAUCCACACUUUUGGAGAAAAAGGUACUGUACACUUCCGUCUGUUGUUGCCAUUUGCCGCAAGACACAAACCAUUGCAUUUACUUAUGUGCUGGAACAUAGGCAUAUAUUUUUAUCCACCUUCAAAAUGCAUUUCACAAGAAAAUUGAAAUUAACUCCAGCAUAUCACAUGAGAUGUGGGAGGAAGUUUGCACUGAGGUACGUUUGGUAACUAAUUCAAAUGUAUGGAGAGAAUUUAAAUGGAAGGUAGUCAUGAGGUUCUUUCAGACACCUGAAAUCACAGCUAAAUUUAGCACUACACACUCAAAUAAAUGCUGGAGAAACUGUGGCCCACACAUUGGUAAUCAGACCCACAUAAUCUGGAUAUGCCCAAAACUGGAGAUAAAGUUUAAAACACUUUAUAAUAGGCUCUACUAGGCCUAUUACCAAGAGGCAUUGAAGGUAGAGCCAAAAAAUAUAUCUUACAGAUACUUUUAGCAACAGCAAUUAAAUGCAUUACAGUAAGGCAAGUGAAGCCUGACCCUCCAACACACAAUAUGUGGACUGAAAAAAUAAAGGAAAUAUAUCAAAUGGAACAAAUAACAUAUUCCCUGAAAUUUCAAAAACAUAUAUGCACAAAAAGGUGGAGCCCUGCUGUGGGUAUACUGAUAUAAUUUUAUUCCGUUUAUUCUAUAUUUUUCUUUGUCAUUAUCGUCUUUGUCUCUUUUGUUGUACCAAAACUGUUACCUUGUGUAUGAAGCAGCAGAUAUGAUGACUAUGAUUCUGUAAAUGAUUUUGAAUGAAACUUAAAUAAAAACUAAAUUAAACAAAAAACACAGUGUAAGAUUAUAAACUCUUACAUUUGAAUUACAUGUCUUUAAUCAUGCUCAAUACCAUAUAUAUGCCCUCCUCUUAGCUGUAAUCCCUGCUUCUGACUCAUUCUUUUAUAAACAGUCAUUGCAGUGUUUAUUUUUGUUACCUCACUAAUACUGUAUAAAUGCCCACAGGCGUUCAAGUCUGUGUGGCAUCAUGUUAUAUUUUUAUGUUCACUGUCUCCCCCUGUUGUUAGGAGAUGAGAACAAAGUCCAUCUGCUGGGACUUGGGGCAUUGGAGCCUCUGUGCCAGCUCAUCACUCACAACAACAAGCUAGUCAGACGCAAUGCCGUCAUAGCCUUGGGCGUUAUGGCCACAAACAGUGAGUCACUUACAAAAUCAAUAUAUAUUGGCAUUCACAGUCAUUUAAAGAGAUGUCGAUUGGUGGCAGGAUUCAGUGUUUGGUUGACUUGCACACUGAUUUGCAGCUGCUUAGUUGUUCAUUUUAUACUUGCUUUUCUUUGACAGGUGACGUAAAGAAUGCUCUGAAAAAAAUGGAUGCCAUUCCCUCAAUCAUUGAUAAGCUAUCACUUGAAGGUGAGCAAUAUGGACAAAAAGUCAGGUUUCACAGUGUAAUAACAAAUAAGCUAUCCAUUUUUCUCUCCUUUUCAGAGGAUGUAGUUGUCCAUGAGUUUGCAACACUGUGCCUGGCUGCUCUGUCCGUGGAUUUUGCCUGUAAGGUCCAGAUCUCUGACAACAAAGGCUUUCCACCUCUGAUCCAGCUCCUAUCCAGCCCAGAUCCUGAUGUCCAGAAGAACUCUUUAGAGGUUAUCUUCAACCUGGUUCAGGUGACAGAAAGUUACCCCCAUUAAGGAGAUUAUUUUAAAUCUAACAGUAUCUCUAAAGACAAUAAAAACAGCAUUGCACGGUCACAUCAUCAACACCACUGCUGGAUGAGCAACUUGGUUCCAAAUGGUUCCAAAUUUUCCUCUUGUCUUUGUAUUCUUUGUUAAACUUUGCAUAAGAAGGACUACCAGGGUCGUGUGGAAGUACAGGAGCUGGGUGGGAUUCCUCUUCUUCUGAGACUACUGAAAUCAGACUAUCCUGUCAUUCAGCAUCUGGUUUUAAGGAUUCUGCAUCGAGUCACUUUCAAUGAAGAUUCAUGCAAAACCUUCAGGGAAGAACAAGGAUUUGAGAAGAUGAUGGAUAUUCUCAGCAACACGGUACAUGUGUUAAUAGCGCCAUAAAGUUUUGUUUUUGCACCAUUAGCUGGAGAUGGCUGCUUUUAAAUAACCACUUAUUACAGGCUCUUAAUAUCCUGUUAAUGCUUUCAAAGUCUGAAUCCUCUACAUCAUCUGUGCCCUAUUUAUCUUUUUAUACCCUACAGGAAUUCAGUGACCUACAUGCUGACGCCCUACAGGUAGUUUCUAACUGUGUGAGUGACAGCGAGAGUUUGCACCUGAUCCAAAAGAGUGGAGGACUGAGGAGGCUGAUGGACUUUGUUCCCUCUCCAAACUCAUCUGAGAUCCAGUCCAGUGCUUUAAAAUGUAUCACUGGGAUUGCCAGGAGCUGUAGGAAUUAAAAAUUUUUCCUCACUUUUUAUUGAUAAAGGUUUAAAUAUCUCAUACUUAAGCACUGUGUUUGUUUUAUAUGUGUGUUUUUAUGUGUCCAGCUGAGAAUCGCAAAUUGCUCCAUGAGCAGAACAUAGAGAAGGUUCUGGUAGAGCUUCUGUCUGUGCUGGAUGUCAUCAUGAAGACAUCUAUCUGCCAAGCUGUGUCCGCCAUGAGCUUACAUCCUGCUAGCAAAGACAGCUUCAGAGAGCUGGGUACUGCUCAUUCACACACCCACAGUUAACAUCAACAGCACAUCCAUGCUUGAUGUUAACAGUUUUGGUUUCUGUGUUUCAGGUGUUAUUCCUGCAGUUGUACAGUUGCUAAAUGAAGAGAGUCUGAUUCUGAAAGAGGCAGCAACGCAGGUUCUCUAUAGCCUCACGGAUUGCAACCAACUCAAUACACAGUGAGUGAUGGACAAGCAGAGUGUUUUAUUGUUUUUAAUUUCUCCAGGAAAAAAAAGGGCUUUGAAAACGAAGUUACUUUUCCUCUGAAUCUUUUGAGAACAUAUAAUCUGAAACCAAACAAAAAAACACCCUGUGCACUGAGUUGAGGUCAUUUUGUGUCAUCUACUCAGUCUUCUGUCAAGAUCUUUGCUUGUGCUGAACUUACUUUGAGAUCUUCUAUAUGUUGCGUUGGAACAAGAGUGUCUGCUGAGUGAAAUUGUAAUAGUAACAACAGCAACCAGCAACCUCUCUUGGAGCAAAAAUGUUCAACACAAGCAGCAAAUGAGUAAAGAACUCAGCCCUAUAUGCUUUAGAAUUAGAAUUAAGCAACCUGACCUUCAUUCAAAAUACGAGAAUUUUAAUAGUUGUUUGCCUUCCCUUUUCCUUCCUACAAAUCCACUCUAUGGUGUUGUUUUCCAGCAAAUUCAGACUCAUUCUCUGUGUGUCACAAGACUAUUUGUUUUUAUUUUAGGUUCAAAUUGAAACAAGCCUCUGCGUAACUUUCUAUUUUCAGUCAAGCCGGGACUGUGCAAGUUCAGUUGCUUUUGAAUUGAACACGAUUGUUUCUUAGACUAACAAUCAGGCUUUAAACACUGCAGCGUGCAGCAGCAGAAGCCUUGGUUUGGAGUUGUUUAUUGCUAACUGAUGUAUAUUAAAGUCUGACAAUGGCUUAUGGGUUCCAAGAUUGAUCUAAGUGCAACAUGCAUUAAAUAUUAAACAGUGAGUGUGCAGUCUCUAAAACAAAAACUCAGCGUGAGGAGAUGCAUAUGAAAUAGCAUGAAGCCUUUCUCUCCAUUAUUAAAAAUUAUGAUUUUACUCUCCUAUACCCUUCAUCCUUCCCUUUCUGUCUUCAUAUCUCAGUAAAUACUGACUCCUUCAGUUCUCAGGCAUUUCCUAUGUUGUGGAUCUGUAUUAUUAAUCAUCCUUAAAUGUUUGCAGUAAAUCUCCCAUUCGUUUUCGUGCUCUCCACCAGUGCAGUAUACGAGGCAGGAGGCCAUGAGCUCCUUGUCCAGCAGCUCUGUGGAAGCUGUCCCAGGACGGUGGCCAAUUCUGCAGCCACGCUUGGCAACAUGGCAAAACAGGAGGUCAUCCGCUGUAGCAUCUUGUCACAUGGCGCCAUACAGGCUCUGGUGGAGUUACUUAAGUCCACAAAUACACAGAUCCUGGUUAGCACUACUCACUGUCUGACACAGAUGACCUGUGAUAAUGAAGCAAGGGAACAGGUUUGUGUUUAUUAGCUGUUUAAAGUGCCUCCUUAUUCUCAGGUACAUGAUAUUAAAUCCCCCAAAAAAUAUUGAUUUGAAACAGUAAAAAAAAAAAAAAAUCUAAAUAUAUAUAUUUUUAAAUAAUAUAAUAAUAAUAAUAAUAAUAAUAAUAAUAAUAAUAAUAAUAGCCAUUUACUCAUAUACAGAAACUGACAAAAUGUCCUCUCUGUCUUAAACAGCUAAAUAGUGCUGAGGGCCUUCAACCACUGGUCAAUUUGCUGCACUCUUAUCACAAGGAAGUGUUGCAUAAUGCAUGCAGAGUAAUCAAUAUUUGUGCCAGUGACAGGACAGCAGCUGUGGAGAUGUGCAGAUUUGGGUAAGAAACUGAUGUCACAGAUAACAAGAAGUGAAGGCAUCAUAGAUGAAUCAUAAGACAAAAAAACUAAAUCCCCACUUUAGUACAGCCAUGUCAAAAAAACUAAUGGUAGUAUCUUAAAUAGCCAGUAGAUGGCAGUAUAUGACAGUUAACACACUGGUUAAUUUACUGUAUGUGUAAAUCUUAGUUUUUUCACAUUAUUCUGUUUGUCAUCCACUCAAUUUUGUAUAUAUGCUGGUCUUUUUUUCUGACCAUGCAUGUCUCAGAGCUCUGGAAAUGCUUCAGGAAAUAAACCAAUCAGUGAACCAAAGGAGCAGCCUCAGUGAGCUGGUUAUGAGCAACCUGCUGAACUCCAAUUUGUCUAUCAAGUACAGCCUGACAGGGUUUUUGUCAUCCACGGACAACAUAAGCGAUGACUUCUAUGAUGCUGGGAAGGUAUGUGUGUACACUGUAGCUGAAACAGUCUAAUCUUAAGACAUGCAGGUGGUUUGGACUAGUUGAACUAAUCUAUGUACGGUUUUUUAUGUCACAGAAAUCUUUCACGAAGAGGAAAACACUAUUUAGUAGCCACUGUUUUGACAUUUUGAUUUUGACAACAGUUGUGUUUUCUCUCUAUCUUUCUUUUAGGCUCGUAAAGAUCAGAGGGUUCUAACUUUAGAGGAGCUGUCUCAGCAGCCUGUCAACCAGCAUCACCCAGUGAUAGUUGUCAACUUUACAUCAAUGCCAGAGUAUGUUUUAGUAACUUUUUUUGUAAAUUUAUUCUCAGUAAAAUACAAAAAAACCGCAGGGAAAACAGUUUAGUAUUAACUCCCAACACCAAACUGUGUCUUUUGCCUCUUUCACAACAAGCUAAGUGAAAAACAUUCAAGUCAAUGGUGUCAGCGUGUUGGCUGAGACUUGGCAGCUUUCCUACACUACCAGCCAGAGUAUAUUGUGCUUGUUACUAUCACCCUCCCCUUGAGUCCUCCAAUCCACAUCUCUACUCUCCCUUUUUCAUUAGUUGUCUUCAACUUGCCCCGUUAGUGUGGCCUCACAGGGUAAACAAUCCUCUUUUAAGAUGGCAGCACUUAUAGUAAAAGGACUUUUAGCUUGAGUCUCGAUUGUGAAUAAAAAGCUACAUUAUUCAAAUCCACGAAGAAACACCCAAUUUUGCCAAAAGACAAAAAGAUAGUUCACAUGUAUGUUGUCUAAGACAUGAAUCUGAAAUUAUAACAUGCCACACACAGAGUUCCUCCUGCUCUCAGCAUCUUGAUGAAUGAACAUUGCCAGAGAGAGCAGUGCUCCCUCGAGGUACCCCUCCACCAUUCUCACUCACAACAUCUCAGGGAUUACAAAGUAGUUUGUUAUGUCCCUAUCCAAAGUGAAAUUGGACUUAAGUUUAACUUUCCAUGUAGAAAGCUAGAUGCAGCAUGCGUAUGUUCCUCUCCUGGGUAAUGGACUUGUUCUCCUGUGGCAGAGAGAUGGAGGUUGUGCCAGUGGAGCAGAGCAAACCAGAAGAAAAAAACAUCAGCCGCACAGACAGCAGGGCACUACGGUGAGAAUGUCUGCCCAUGUUUUCAUAUUUGUUAGUAAGAUUCCAUCCACUGUUCUUAAAGUCACCGCAGACACUUGUACCUCUUUAGAGUCACAUUUAUUUCUCUGUGCAGAAAGCAAAAAAAGAAAAGCAGACAGGAGGAGGAGACCAAACCUGAGCCCAUACCUGAGCCCAAACCUCCUACAGAACAACCACAGAAGAUGACGGGUGAUGUCUCGUUACAGCUCCUGGCUCAGAAGGCCAGGGAAUCCAUCCUCUUACUUGCUGAUGAACGAGAGCAGUAUGCUACCUUAGCCAGGUGAUGGAUUUUUAUUGUUGGUAUAUGGGCAAAAUGCAGAAAUGCAAAACAGGCAGAAAAUCUUUCCAUGAACCACUGGCAGAAAUUGUUCCAAUUGUUCCUUUUUUGGAUGGAUUUUUGUCAUCAGGUUGGUCAGUACAGCCAUGGGUGGACCAAUUAAAGUGGAGAAGUUGCAUGAAUUCCCAUGGGUGCUUCACAUCAGCAAGCUCAAGUUUAAGCUCCAGUCAAAUGUUGUUCCUAUUGGUGCUAUCAAAAUGGGAAUCUACUGUCACCGAGCACUUCUCUUUAAGGUACCACACAGCAUCAUCGAUUGUGAAUCUACCCAUCUCUUUCUUUGCUAACUUUUUAUGCCCUUCUGUCACUUUCCAGUGUCUGGCUGAUAGUAUUGGACUGAGCUGCACACUUGUGCGGGGCGAUUACAAUCGGGCAUGGAACGAGGUCUUCCUCUCCAAUGGGAACUUGUCCAGAAAGGAGUCCUGCUGCUACAUAGUCGAUCUCAUGCACCACCCUGGAAGCCUGCUGAAGGCCAAUAGUCUUGCUGCUGAGCAUUACCAGACCAUAUAGACCACCACUGUGGUGCAGGAUGCUUUGGUACAUUUGGAUUAUUUUCAACCCUGUCAGGCUGAGGCACCUUCUGCUAUUCGAUAGGUUCUCUAUAAGAUUGUCAGGGUAUUGAAAUGCUCAAUAUCAGAUCAGAGAUUAUGACUGCCAUGUCAGUAGAAGGCUGCUUUUCAGGUGGUCAAGUGAAAGUAGGGAAUAAUAAAAAACAGUUUGAUAUGAAAAAUACAAUAUAAAAUGCCUGGUUGACACCAUAACACACAGAAAACAACACACUAUACUUUCUUCAUUUUACAUUAAAGUUUGCCACAUUAACCCUAAACAAAGUCAUAAGUUACAGCCUUCAGUUACACAAAUUCUAAUAAAUCAUUAAUGGAGUUACAGCUA